CCUGCCAUCACCUGUUGUUGUUGUUUUGCUUGCGGUAGACUUGGUUAUCAAACUGCAAACAGAUAACAUUAAAUAGCAGCAAUAUGAGCAAAGCCAACAACAUCAUGCGUUUGGUGCUGUUGCAAUUAAAGGGCUCCAAGGACAAGGCGGCCAAUGUCCAAAACGCAGUCAGCAAAAUCGAGACGGCGGUCAGGGAGCACCAACCACGAUUGAUCACCCUACCAGAAUGUUUCAAUGCUCCAUAUGGCACCAAGUAUUUCCGGGAGUAUUCCGAGACCAUUCCCGAUGGCUACACCUCUCAGCAGCUCUCGAACUUGGCCAAGAAGCACCAGGUUUAUAUAGUCGGAGGAACAAUUCCAGAACUGGGUGAAAACGAUGCCAUCUAUAACACCUGUACGGUGUGGUCACCUACUGGCGAUCUGGUGGCCAAGCACCGCAAGAUGCAUCUAUUCGACAUCGAUGUCAAGGGCGGCAUUCGCUUCAAGGAGUCGGAAACCCUGUCCGCAGGCAAUGACUUCACCACCAUCGACAUAGAUGGCCACAAGAUCGGCAUCGGCAUCUGCUACGACAUCCGUUUUGAGGAGAUGGCGCGGCUCUAUCGCAAUGCUGGCUGUGAGAUGAUCAUCUAUCCGGCUGCCUUCAACAUGACCACUGGUCCUCUCCACUGGGAGCUGCUUCAGCGAGCCCGAGCCAAUGAUAACCAACUCUUUGUGGUGACCACUUCGCCAGCCAGGGAUCCUGGUGCCGCGUACGUUGCCUACGGCCAUUCCCUGGUGGUGGAUCCCUGGGCCAAAGUGCAGCAGAGUGCCGGUGAUGGUGAGGAAACAGUAGUGGCGGAUAUCGAUUUCUCCCUGGUGGAGCAAGUGCGUCAGCAGAUUCCCGUCUUCGGACAACGGCGUCUGGAUUUGUAUUCCACCGAAAAGAAGUCAAAGUAAAGGAUGCCUCACUUGAUGAAUCUUUGGUUUUUACCCUGAAAUGAUGUCCUAUUGGGAAUCUUGCAUUUACGUUUGUUGAUUGUAUAUAAAAGUUAAUAGACCUCAAGAAUCUUUGGUUUUAACUAUGAUUAAAUUUUUUGAUUUUAUAUAAAAUUUAAAAA